AUGUACGACAGGCUACAGCGACCUACAUCAGGCCUUCAUUACCAAGUCCACAGAGCAGAAGUCCGCGCAUCCAGGUCUGGUAGAAUUUGUGGAUCGGGGAAGAUCUUGUACAGAUGUGAUCAAUGUGAUUACACGACCUCUUGGCCAUCGUGGUUGAAGACGCACAUGCGAGUCCAUACAGGAGAAAGACCUUUCAAGUGCAAUGUGUGCGACUACACAUCGUCGCAGAGUUCCAAUUUGCAGCAGCACCUCAAACGGCAUUCGGAUGAGCGUCCCUUCAAAUGUGACCUAUGUGAUUACAGCUGCAAACGAGGACAUCAGUUAAUUACUCACAAACGUUGCCAUUUCAACAAGUUGCGAGCAGCUGGCGUGCUCAAUUUGAUCGAGACCAUUGAAACAGCUUUACCUUCGUUAUUAGCAUCGCCGGGUCCAUUUCCCCCGCGAUCGCCGAACCCAUAA